CCAGCGAGCCCGGCUGCGUGCCAGGCGGGGCUCCCGGGGGGAGCAGAGCUCUCCUCCGGCCGCUUCUCACCAGCCGCCUUUCCCUCCCCCCCCUCUUCUCCCCCCCCGAAGUCUCUCGUGAUCCCCGAGAAAUUUCAGCACAUCCUGCGAGUCCUCAACACCAACAUCGAUGGGCGGCGGAAGAUCGCCUUCGCCAUCACCGCCAUCAAGGGCGUGGGCAGGCGCUACGCUCACGUGGUGCUGCGGAAAGCGGACAUCGACCUGACCAAGCGGGCAGGGGAGCUCACAGAGGAUGAGGUCGAGCGCGUCAUCACCAUCAUGCAGAACCCCCGGCAGUACAAGAUCCCCGACUGGUUCCUCAACAGGCAGAAGGACGUCAAGGACGGGAAAUACAGCCAGGUCUUGGCCAACGGGCUGGACAACAAGCUGCGUGAGGAUUUGGAGCGCCUGAAGAAGAUCCGAGCCCACCGGGGCCUGCGGCACUUCUGGGGCCUCCGCGUACGUGGCCAGCACACCAAGACCACCGGCCGCCGUGGCAGAACUGUGGGCGUCUCAAAGAAGAAGUAAACCUUUUGUGCAAAUAAAACAUUCUACUCCCA